GGGCGCCAUGCCGCAGCAUGUACACACUCCUCCACUGCCGGGGAAGAAAAGUAUGACAGCGUACUCCAGCCUUCAAGCCAAAGUCAUCCGCAUUAUUGCCGCCGUCCGCCGUUAUCAUGUCUGAGAAAGAGCUCGGCCAAAAGUGGGACCACUGCCUCGCAGACAGCGCGAUUAAAUUCGGUACCGGUCUGGGUCUAGGAAUUGUGUUCUCCGUUGUAUUCUUCAAGCGCCGGACAUGGCCCAUUGUCUUUGGGACAGGACUGGGUCUUGGCAUGGCUUAUUCCAACUGCCAGAAUGACUUGAGGUCACAUUAUGUACUGCACAGUAAAGUUGCUAAGGAGCAGUAGAGUUGCAACAGUUAUGGAUUCUGUCAUCUGCCUUGCUUUUCAUAUUCGAAGCCUGACGCAAUCAGACUGGUUGUCUUUCUUUCUCCAUAACAUCCAUGUUCUUGUACAGGACAGUCUGUUUAUAUUUAAUAAAAUACUAAAAAGGAGAUUUGAAAUUUGCUAAGGAUGAUUUGAAUGUUGUUGUUUUUUUUAAAAUGGCCCUACAGUAACAUGUGUUCCAAAAAUCAUAGGCUUCUAUUAUAACCCCAGUGAUAGCAGCCUACGCUGUCAUCUAGCUUUUGACCCAGGCCAAGAUGAUAUUUGGCAACCAUGCUAAACUAGUGCACUUUGCUUGAAGCAAAACAUUUGCACAAACCUGAAGUGUCAAGAGCCGUGUUGGCAUGGCGACAGUUCUCACAAGCAUACUUUUUUUUUUUUUUUAUCUGCCGUGCUUAUACAUAAUUGCAUUAUUGUAAUGUUGCUUUUUACAUAAAGGUAGAAGUACAUAUCGAAGUUCUCAUGCAUGACAUUGUUGAGAAGUAAGGCUUCAGGGAAUUGUUGCAGGCAUGUUGGCUGUAACGAUUAUAAAAUUACAAAUAUUAAAUGUAUCAUCUUUUGCUUUUGACAAAGUUGUACACAACUGUACGACAGUUUAGUUUAAAUUCUUUCAGCUUGUUUUCAUCUUGGAAUAAAAUUUAAUUUCAAAACCCA